AUGGCUCAGCAGCGGCACACAGUGGCGAUGGCGAUCAACACAGCAGCGACACCAACGGCGUUCAACACAGCGGCACACAGCGGCUCACCAAGCUCAGCCCAGGCGGAUAAAAAUGCUGGGAAAAUUACCAGUGAAAGAGACUUAGAGAAAGGAUUGCUCUCUCCAACAGCUUACCAAAACCCUAUCGCCGAGCAAUCACCAUCACCAUCCUCAGCCCCUGCACCCGCUUUGGUUCUGUCAAAUUCCGGAAACCGAAUUGAUCAAUCCGGGAAAAAGAAAUAUGUGAAACAAGUGACGGGUCGGCACAAUGACAGUGAGCUUCAUUUAGCAGCUCAGAGAGGUGAUCUUCACUGGCAUAGAUUCACAGUGCAAGAUGAUGACACCAAACACCAGUAA